AUUGGUCAAUUGUGCGGGAUUAUGCAGCUGAAGCUCAACAGGACCGGCAUUUCCACUCUUCCACCACAAAUAGUCUGCUGCGACCAAUUGCGUAGUCUUCAUCUUUAUGGAAAUCCAAUCUCUUGUUUGCCAGAUUCACUUCGUGGUCUGACGCGUCUUCAAUUCCUGUGGAUGGAUGCAAAACGCUUUUUAGUAGCUGUUGAAGAAGGCAUGACAGGUAUAUUUAAAUCCUAA